GGCAUCAGUUAAUAACAAUAAAUCAAAACAGCAAGACGCUAAGAGAAGAAGAAGUGAUGCGUAGUUCAAACUCGUCAAACAAAAAGAAAAACUAACCGAAAAAUAUAUAACGUUACAAAGUUGAAGUUAGAAAUAAAAGUUAAUUUUAUUGAAAAAAACUAAAAAGACAUUUGUUGCAAAUAACAUCAAAAUGGUUGCAAUUGGUAUUGAUUUGGGCACAACCUACUCCUGCGUUGGUGUCUUUCAACAUGGCAAAGUGGAAAUCAUCGCCAACGACCAAGGCAAUCGCACAACGCCCAGCUAUGUGGCCUUUUCCGACACGGAACGUUUGAUUGGCGAUGCCGCCAAGAACCAAGUAGCUAUGAAUCCCAAGAACACAGUAUUCGAUGCCAAGCGUUUGAUUGGUCGCAAAUUUGAAGAUCCCAAAAUUCAAGAUGACAUGAAACAUUGGCCCUUCAAGGUGAUGAACGAUUGUGGCAAACCCAAAAUAUGUGUCGAAUUCAAGGGUGAACAGAAACGUUUUGCUCCAGAGGAAGUCAGCUCUAUGGUCUUGACGAAAAUGAAGGAGACAGCUGAAUCAUAUUUGGGCACCACCAUUCGAGAUGCUGUGAUUACAGUACCUGCCUAUUUCAAUGACUCACAACGCCAAGCUACAAAGGAUGCAGGCGCCAUUGCAGGCCUCAAUGUUUUAAGAAUCAUUAAUGAACCCACAGCGGCCGCUUUGGCUUACGGCCUGGACAAGAACUUGAAGGGAGAACGUAAUGUGCUCAUUUUCGAUCUUGGUGGUGGUACUUUCGAUGUCUCUAUUCUAACCAUUGAUGAGGGUUCUCUGUUCGAGGUAAAAGCAACUGCGGGCGACACUCAUCUGGGCGGUGAGGACUUUGAUAAUCGUCUAGUCAAUCAUUUUGCUGAGGAAUUUAAACGCAAAUACAAAAAGGACAUGCGUUCGAAUCCACGUGCAUUGAGACGUUUGCGGUCCGCUGCGGAGCGGGCCAAACGAACCCUGUCAUCCAGUACCGAGGCUACAAUUGAGGUGGGUGCCCUGUUCGAAGGCAUUGAUUUCUAUACGAAAAUCAGUCGAGCUCGUUUCGAGGAAUUGUGUUCAGACUUGUUCCGCAACACGUUGCAGCCAGUAGAGAAGGCUUUAAACGAUGCCAAAAUGGACAAGAAUCAAGUCCAUGACAUUGUACUAGUGGGUGGCUCAACACGUAUUCCCAAGGUACAAAAUCUGUUGCAGCAAUUCUUCUGUGGCAAGAGCCUGAAUUUGUCCAUAAAUCCCGAUGAAGCUGUGGCCUAUGGGGCUGCCAUACAAGCGGCUAUUUUGAGUGGAGACAAAAGCAGUGUCAUUCAAGAUGUUCUAUUGGUUGAUGUGGCUCCCCUCUCACUUGGCAUAGAAACAGCAGGUGGUGUUAUGACCAAAUUGAUUGAACGAAACUCACGCAUUCCAUGCAAACAAUCCAAGACAUUUACCACCUAUGCAGACAACCAGCCAGCCGUUACCAUUCAGGUCUUCGAAGGCGAACGUGCCAUGACCAAGGACAACAAUCUUCUGGGAACGUUCAAUUUGACGGGCAUACCUCCAGCACCUCGUGGAGUGCCCAAAGUCGAUGUUACCUUUGAUCUAGAUGCCAAUGGCAUUCUGAAUGUGACAGCCAAGGAGAUGAGCACUGGUAAUGCAAAGAAUAUAGUCAUUAAGAACGAUAAGGGUCGUUUGUCACAGGCCGAUAUAGAUCGUAUGGUGAACGAGGCGGAGCGCUAUGCCGAAGAGGAUGAGAAGCAUCGUCAACGUAUUGCCGCCCGUAAUCAAUUGGAGUCGUAUGUCUUCAGUGUCAAGCAGGCUGUCGAAGAUGCCGGUGAUAAAAUUCCGCAUUCAGACAAAGAUCGAGUUUUGGAAAAAUGCAAAGAAACCAUUCAAUGGCUGGAUGGCAAUACCACAGCUGAGAAGGAAGAAUUCGAAUAUAAAAUGCAAGAGUUAACCAAAAUCUGCCAACCGGUUAUGACCCGCAUGCAUCAACAGGCCAAUGGAGGAGGAAGUGGCAACAAUUGCGGACAACAGUCGGGAGGUUUUGGUAGUGGUGGUUACAAAGGUCCCACAGUUGAAGAAGUCGAUUAAGUUAGAAAUCAAAUGUAUAAUUAGAUUUUAAACAAUUUUCUUAAAAGACUGGUUUAUGUUUAAGUGAUUACUCGUUAAGUAGAAUUAAAAUAUUUGUUUAACUUUUAGUUAUUGCUUAAUAAAAUACAUAGUUUAAAUGAAA